UAUGACUUAAAUCUAAAUACGUGUUUUUGCCAACUACCUGUAGUUACUAUCUGUUUCUAAUAUAGUUGAUAAUUAUCUGUUUAGUCUAAAAUACUUGGAAAAAGCAUGUUUUUUUAAUCAAUCUCGCUAACUACAUUUUAUGUUAACAGUUAUGUUAUUACUGAAAAACUAACUAAACUUAAGGAGAAAUUAUUUAAAUAUGGGAAAGCGAAAUAAAGAACCAAAUGUGGGUCGUAGACGUCCAAUGAUACAGCUUGGUGGUAACAACUGGAAAACAAAAGGGCAAAACGAAAGCAAAGAUCCUAUGGAUGAUGAGCUUGCUGGUUUUCUUGCUGAGAUCAAUUCACUUGAAACACCUCAGCCCAACAUUAAAGAAACAUAUAUUAAAGAAGAACUGCUUUAUGAUCCAAAUACAUUUAACCCAACAACUCACGGUCACCUGCUUCCAGAACCUUGGCAAGCAAUUUAUGAUGACACAACAUCAUAUUACUACUACUGGAACAAAAUUACAAAUGAAGUGCAGUGGUAUCCUCCUACAGCAACAAUUCCUCCCCCUCCUCCUCCAGUAGUUGAACCGCCACCAGUUUUCGAAAAACAACUUACUAUAAGUAGCAGUAUAAAUAAUGUAAAGUUGAAGCCUUCAGCUAACAAUUUAGAUAUGUCCUUAAGCACAGUUUCUCUAAUCCCAGAACCAGUCGAUAAUAAUACAGUUUUGUUUUCUAGUUCUUCUACAAACCUGAGUUCUCACACAAAUUGCUCAGAAAGUUCAGAUGAUGAACAAGAGUCGAUAUUAAAGGAAAAAGAUAAAGAAUUAAUGAGCAAGAUUAAAGAAAAAAUUCAAAAAAAGAAAGAAGAAAAAAGACAAAAACAAAUUGAAGAAAAAGAAGCUUUAAUUAAAAAAGCAGAAGAAGAAAAAUUAGCCAAAGAGGAGGAAGAAAAACAAAGAAAGCGUAAAGAAAAAGAAGAAGUACUUCGUGAAAAACUUAUUAAGAAAAAACUUGAGCGUGAAAAAACUUUGAAGAAUAAUUGUACUGUUGAAAAAGAGUCUUUUUCUGUUGAUAUAUUUGCAGCAGAAGAUAUUUCAACAAAUAAACUAAAAGUUAAUAGUCCUAUAAAUACAGAAUCUGAUUCUAAAGAAAUAAUAUGCAAUGACAGCUUGAAUAAAUUAAAUGUUGAAAAUGAAACAUUGCAAAAUGACUCUGUUGAAUGUGUAUCAUCUGAUGUUAAUAAAAAUGACGAUAUUGUUUCAUCUCAAGAUGAUAGCUCAAUUUCUACAAAUAUUCAAAAUAUUGUCGAGGGCAGCUCAUCAAAAACUGAUGCAGACUGUUUAGUUGUAGCAAUUCCUGAAGUGAAAAGUUCUUGGAGAAUUAUAGAUGCAGUUUAUGAUGACGACGAUGAAGAGGAGGAGGAGGAUUCCAAAGUUAUUGUAAAAGCUGAUCAAAAACUAGAAGUUGGAAUGGAAGAUUAUGCAGACAUGCUUCUUGAAGACGGAAUCGAUGAUGGUGAAAUAAACCAAAAAAAAGAAUCUGAAUCAGUUGAUCCAUUUUUACCACAAGAUGCACCACCUCCCUUACCUGAGCACGAUGUUAGACCACCACUUCCACCUGAGGAUGAGCCAUUACCAGAGUUACCUAAACUAUCUGCAAAAGAUGAAGAAAAUGAUAGGAAAGAAAUUACCAGCUUGUCAAAGUUACUAUUUGAAAAACUUGAUUUUCUUGGGAUAACCACCAGAGACUUGGGCAAUUUACAGCUAAAUUUCAUUGAACUUGAGACUCGAAUUAAAGAUUGGCAAGCUGGAGCAUUAGAUAGUCACUACUUUCUACAACGUCUCCGUGAUUUAUCUGUAGAAAUAAAAAAUCAUGAAGAUAAUGCUGCUCCUACAGGAUGGAUAUGUCAUUGGAGUAGUGAAUAUAAUAUGUACUACUACCACAAUAAUGCGACUGGAGAAUCUCAAUGGGAAUAUCCUGAUCAAGGUGUUGCUUUAACCUUUCCCGUUAGCGAUUUGCUGCAAACCAAUAUGGGUAUGAUUACUCCUGUAUCUUCAUUUCUUCCUGCUCAGCCUAUGAUCGCUCCUCCAAUUCCACCAAUGAUGAUGCCUGUUCCAUUGGAAACUAUGGUAUCAAAAACAAUACUACCUCUUCCCUCAACUACUCAAUCUUAUAGCAGAGAUUCUGUUCCAAUAACUAAUAGAAAACGACAAGGUUCAGUGGAGCCUCAAGUUAAGUCCUCUGAUCCCUAUCGUGAUCCAUAUAGAACAACUAAAAAAAAUAAAGUUUCUGAAGUAAACACAAAUAAUGGAAAUACAGCUAGUUCUAGUCCAAUGUUACGAGAUGUAGCAGAACCUAUUGUUAAUGAAUACGCAUCUUCACUUCAAUAUGAGAACCCUAAUCUUAGUACUCAGUCUCCUCAAUCUUCCACAAGUAAAAAGGAAAAUGGGACAAAAAUAAAAGUGAAAAAACUCAAAUCGAAGAACAAACUGGAGUCAUCUGGGUUGCCUUCUAAGAAACUAAAGCAGGUUUCAUCUCUAGUGCACAAGUGGCAAUCAGUAAAGCAGCAGGCUGAAGAAGAAGAAAGCAUUGAACUUGGUUCUUCCGAAGAUGACGAUUAUGAAGUAACAGCAGAAAAAAGAAUUGAGGAAUGGAAGCAAAGCAUAGAAGCAAGUGGUCAAAAAGAAUCCAAUCCUAACUUUACUGAGAUUAAAGGCGAUUGGAGAGAACGUCUAAAGCGUAAAACAGCCACCUAAUUUUUUUUCUCCAAAAGUUAUUAGUGAACUGGUUUAAGUUAUUACCACGAGGUUAGCGAUAGUUGUUAAGCGACUCACACUGUUAAGAACGUGCGGAAUUUUCCGAGCUUAACGGCUUUUCAGUGAAUAAAAUAUGUCAUGGAAUAAAAAAAGAAUAAAAGGUCAGCAUCUAUGGAAAUAGAAGUAAGAUUAGAAUAAAAACUAAUUCAACUGAGCAAAGCCUUUAAAGAACAGACAAAAUAUGUAGAAGUAAAGAAUAAAAUUAAUAAAAUUUAUUUCUAUAGAAGCAUUAAUAUUGAAAAACAUUUUUACAGACAUUUCUUUGGCUGUUGUUUCGAUUAAAAGCAUUUUAAAAAAGCACCACUUAAAACAGCGAACAGCGGUUGACAUGUAUCAAUAUGUGUAUUAGUAUUUUAAAUCUAUUUUUUAAAUUUAAUUAAAAUUUUCAUAA